AUGGAGUUCGCAGGGGCUGUGCACGUAGACCGCAGCCCUAGUGUGGUAAUGAGUAGACUCCCAAAUAGGUUUGGAACUUUCCUCGCCCAUACUGAUUCUGCCUCCCAACCAGUAUCAACCAUGAGAGACAAGUGGCACAAGAAACGUGUGCGUCGAUAA